UCCGCUUCCUGCUCCUUCACUCACAGGCCCCCGUCGGACCCCUGUGGCUUCCACAGAUUUCCGGAGUCCGAGCGUGGUGCUCUGCCCGGCCUUCGUGGGAGUGAGAAUGGUGCCCGUGCUCCUGGCGGCCGGGGCUCUGCGGGAGCCGGUGACCUUCCAGGAUGUGGCGGUGGUCUUCACGCAGGAGCAGUGGGGGUACCUGGACCCUUCUCAGAAGGAGCUGUACCGGGACGUGAUGCUGGAGAACUACCGGAACCUGCUGUGCCUGGGACUGGCCGUGUCCAAGCCUGAAGUGAUUUAUCAGCUGGAGCGAGGGGAGGCUCCUUGGAGGCUGGAGGAAAAAGGGCUGGGGAGCAGCCGUCCAGAUGGGGAAUCUAGGUCUGAAACCAAGGACUUCCCUCCAGAGAUGGUUAUUUUUAUGGAGCCUUCACUCCAGCAUAGACUAAAGCAGAGCAAUGAAAAAAAGAACUCCCAGGAAGUAAAAAUGAUUCAGAUGAAAACGCCAACUAAACUGAGAGGCUAUGAUUGUGGCCAAAGCAUUAGGCUAGAACUAAUGCUUUUCUCAAAACAGAGAAUAUCUAUAGAAGAGAGUCUUUACAAAUGUGAUGUACUUGCAUCUGCAGACCCAAGUAUAUGUCAAAGAAUAUCUUCAAAGGAGAUCUUUUCUAAGUGUAAUGAAUGUGAGGAAGCCUUCAUUUCUAAACCAGAUUUCAUUGAAUAUCACAGACUAUGUGCUGGGAAGCAGCCUAAUGAUUAUAACAACUGUGAGAGAGCUGUCAACUUCAGCCAGUUCAUUCGUUCCUUGGAGACAAAUGAUUUUGAAGAGAAAAGCAUUAACUGUAAUGAAUUGGGGGAAAUUUCUACCCAGAAUAUCCAACUGAUGGAGCAUCAGAGAAUUCAUGCGGGACUGCAGCCCUUUGAGUACGGUGAAUGUGUGCUGCCUCUCGGUCACAGCUUUUCGGUGACUUCCCCUGAAAGUGGCUACACUGACCAGAAACCUUUGGUCUGCCGGGCCUGCGGGGAUGUCUUCCUCUGGAGCGUCCAGCUCGCUCGCUAUCAGAGUGCUCCCACUGGCGAGAAGCCUUACGAGGGCCCGGAGUGUGAGAAGGCCUUCUGCCUGAGAGAGUCCCUGACCAAACGCUCACGGAUGCACACUGGGGAGAGGCCCUAUGGAUGCAGUGAGUGUGGGAAAGCCUUUCGGCGCAGAGGGCAGCUCACCCGACACCAGAGAAUCCACACCGGCGAGAAGCCUCAUGAAUGUGGGGAGUGUGGGAAGGCCUUCUACCAGAAGGACCAGUUUACUCAGCACCAGAGAAUCCACACUGGGGAGAAGCCCUAUGGGUGCAAGGAAUGUGGCAAGGUCUUCCGGGUGAGGACCCAGCUCACUCAGCACCUUCGCAUCCACACGGGGGAGAAGCCCCACAAGUGCAAUGAGUGCGGGAAGGCCUUCAGGCAGAGGGGCCAUCUCACUGUGCAUCACAGGAUUCAUACCGGGGAGAAGCCCUACGAGUGCAGGGAGUGCGGGAAGGCCUUCCGCCUGAGCACAGAGCUCACCCGCCAUCAGAGAAUCCACACUGGGGAGAAGCCCUAUGCAUGCAGUGAGUGUGGGAAGGCCUUCCGUCUGAGCACUGAGCUCACCCGUCACCAGAGGGUCCACACUGGGGAGAAGCCUUAUGGCUGCAACCGGUGUGGGAAGGUCUUCCGCCAGAGCACCCACCUUACUCAGCAUCAGCGCAUUCAUACCGGAGUGAAGUCUCAUAAUGUACUUUAUGCAGCAAAGCCCAGCGUGUUCCUCCUGGAAGUGAAGUCUCAUAAUGUACUUUAUGCAGGAAAGCCCAGCGUGUCCUCCUGGAGCAAAAUCUCAUAAUGUACUUUAUACAGCAAAGCCCAGCGUGUCCUCCUGGAGCAAAAUCUCAUAAUGUACUUUAUACAGCAAAGCCCAGCGUGUUCCUCCUAGAGUGAAGUCUUAUAAUGUAAUUUAUGCAGGAAAGCCCAGCGUGUUCCUCCUGGAAGUGAAGUCUCAUAAUGUACUUUAUGCAGGAAAGCCCAGCGU